AUGGAGUCCUACACUCUGGAGGUGACAGCGGGAGCAAUGAUGUUCUCAGGCACUCUGGACAGCGUCUACGUCACCCUCAUCGGUAGCGAGGGAAUGUCUGACCGCACCCAGCUGGGCCCUUUGGAGGAGAAAAACCAGAAGGAGGGAACCUUCACCGUGGUGACACUGCUCUCUCUCGGGUGUCUUCUUCUGCUCAAAGUGGAGAAGGAUCCUCACCAUGAGGAUGUGGAGAAGGAUUGGUUCUGCUCCAAGAUCCGGGUCUGGACCCCUGAGGGAGACCACCUUCUCUUUCCAUGCUACACAUGGCUGUCGAGAGGAGAACAUGUGGUCUUGAGACAAGGCACAGCGACUAAGGCUUUGGAAGACCAGCACCCUCGACUGAAGGAGCAGCGCCGCUCAGAGUUGGCCGUUCAGAAGUCGCUGUACAAGUGGGAGAGGUUUGCAGAUGGCUACCCGUCUAUCAUCAACGCCCAAGACCCACGUAACGUCCCGGUGAACAUCCGAUUCUCCUUCACUAAAUUGUCUCAGUUUCUUCAGAUCGUAGGUUCGACGAAGAUGCAGCUGAAAAUGAAAGGGCUACUGAAUUCCACCGAUUCUUGGGAAAGCUUUGAGGCCAUGAAGAACAUCUCCUGGUUCUCCAAGUCGGCGAUUGGAGAAUACAUGGCCGACAACUGGAAAAGUGACGAGAUGCUUGGAUUCCAGUUUCUGAACAUCUACAGCCCGUUGGUGAUUCGCCGCUGCGUCGCGCUCCCGUCCAACUUCCCAGUCACCGAGGAGAUGGUGAAACCUUUUCUGGCCAGGGGUCGAUCCUUGGCUGAAGAGAUAGAUAGUGGAAACAUUUUCAUCGUUGACUUGAGGGUUACGGACGGUUUGCCAACACAAGUGCUGGACGGUCAAAAGCUCGUCCUGUCGGCGCCACUCUGCCUCUUCUACCUUCAUCCGGAGAACAAAAUGUUGCCGAUUGCCAUACAGCUGGGUCAGCAGCCCUCAGCCACCAACCCCAUCUUCCUGCCGAGUGACUCGGAAUCAGACUGGCUGUUGGCAAAGACAUUUUUCCGACACGCUGCCAUCAUUUAUUCCGCGAUUGUGGGCCAUUUUUUAGACGCUCAUCAGGUUUCUGAGUCGUUUGCCAUAUCGACGCUCCGCAACCUCCCGAGAGUUCAUCCUCUCCACAAGUUGCUGAUGCCUCAUCAUCGAUACACUCUCCACAUCAACAUCCUGGGACGCGCCACCCUUCUGGGCGAUGAAGGCCUUUUCGCUAAUAGUUCUCUGGGUGGAGAGGGGCAGUUCCAGCUGAUGAGGAGGGCCAUGGCCCAGAACACCUACACCACCUUCUGUCUUCCAGACAACUUGGCGGCGAGAGGGCUGAUGGACGUUCCAGACUUCUACUUCAGAGAUGAUGGGCUGAGACUGUGGAGCAGCAUUCACAGAUUUGUGCAGGCAGUGGUGGGGUAUUACUACCCACUUGACAGUGAGGUCUCCUCCGAUUCAGAGCUCCAGCAGUGGAUCAAUGAAAUCUUCCACUAUGGCUUUCUAGGAAACGCCAGUUUGGGGUUCCCUUCCAGCUUUAAAACCACAGCGGAGUUGAUCAAGUUUGUUACCAUGGUGAUCUAUAGAUCAUCUGCUGGCCACGCCAUGGUCAGCAACACGCAGGCAGAUCUUUUCGGGUGGAUCCCCAACGCGCCCACAUUGCUGCACCGUCCUCCGCCGACUGCCAAAGGACACUCAAGCAUGAAGGAUAUUCUGCCAACGCUGCCAAACAAGUUCAUCAGUUCCAGCAGUCUGUUCGCGAUGCGCUACCAGAGCUUCCGGUCGGACGAUUUCGUGUCACUGGGUUCGUAUCCCAAUCAGCGCUUCGAGGAGCCUGCGGUUUUACAGAUGAUCAAGGACUUUCAGGAAGAUCUGUCAGCCAUCAGCGACGACAUCGUGAAGAGGAACAUGCAACUUAAACUGCCUUACAACUAUCUGAACCCAGUUGAAAUAGAAAAUAGUGUUGCUGUGUAG